GUCGGUGUGUGGAAUUUCAUAUCAAACAAUUACCUACAGUUACAGUCAGUGUGUUCAAUUGUGUAUUGGAAGAAAGUACUCAGUGUAAGCGGCAGUAAGAAAUCUCAAAUCUACACGUAUCUACGACUUUGUACAUAUUUUUUGUUCUUUAGGCACAAAAUAAAAUGCGCGUCCUACUCAAAUGCACUUUCAUAUAUCAGCUUGUAAUCGCGCUCUUCGGGUUUCAUCAAACACAAUCACUUACCAAAGCAACAAGUACCAAGGACAUAAAUAGCAGAGACCCCGAUACAUAUUGCGAUAUUGGAGGGUGUGAGUGCGCUGAAACUGUUGUGAAGUGUCAGCUAAAGGAUUGUACUGAUGCUGGUCUACAAUUUACGGGAUUUGUCAGCGUAGACAACGCUACACAUCCGAAUAACUGUACAAUGAAAGCGCGCACGAAAUACAACUCACUGUUCGUGCCGCGCUUACGUUUAGAAUUUAUGACAAGUUAUGUUAAACAAUCAGAAUUUACAAUGGAGAUUUGUCUACAAACGCCAGAGACGCUGAAGAGGAAAGAAGUUAGUUAUAAUGGUAAAAUAUUGUACGAAAAACUUAAUGGCGCAGAUGCAGAUAUUGAUUUUCAAAAUUCGCACCACUUAUGGGAACUGAAGCAUGUAAGCAUGAGCGAUAGUGGUGAACUCUCAGCGCAGCUAUUACUCGACUUGGACGAACUUAAGGAGUUAGAACUGACAGUUACUUGCAUGAGUGGCGCAUUCGUAAUGUCCUACGAUUUACUUCAUACACUGAGCACGCUGGAAACGUUGCGGUUUCACAUGAGCGGCGCAACGCCUGCGCCGAACUUGAAUGCCGCGCAUUUUCGAGAUUUGCGUAAAGUGAAAACAUUACGUUUGGAUGACAAUCGCUUGCGCAUACUUGCUACGGAUAUUUUCAUGCCACUACAAGAGCUACAACAUUUAAACUUAUCACAGAACGCGUUAGAGACGCUACCCGCUGAUCUAUUGUUGGCGCAACUUAAGCUAAGAACUUUGGAUUUGAGUUACAAUAGACUAAAGUCAUUGCCGCUUGGCUUAUUUAAGAGCACAACGAUGUUAGGGGUAUUGUUGUUGGCUCAUAAUCAAUUCAGUGUACCCAAUAAUAUUCUAGAGCAUGCACAAAUAUACCAUUUGAGCCAACUUGAUUUGAGCUACAAUUACUUGCGUACACUACACGGCGCGGGUUUGUAUGAAAAUAAAACAAUUUUAAUGCAAUCGGUUCACAAGUCUUACGACUACUAUAAUGCUUUAGGCAUUUAUGUUAAUAUAAGCCAUAAUAUUAUCAGCGAACUAAAUUUAGAUUGGUUUGAGCACGUUGCGAAUUGCUACUACACUUACGAUCUUUCACAUAACAACAUCAAGCGUGUAAUGUUUUUGCGGCAACCGCAAAUGCCGCGCUGUCUGCGCAAAUGGUUAUUAGGCAAUAAUCCAUUGCAAUGUGAUUGCCAGUUGGCUUGGUUAACAAAUAACAGUUAUCAAUUUGAUAUAAGCGAUUGGCGGUGCGCGUUGCCAACACACCUCUCAGAGCGCGCAUUAAAUACGCUUAGUGGUAGCGCGCUCUGCAACUUUGCGCCUGCUUGGUGUCCACACAAGUGUGCCUGCAGUUAUGACUCUACGGCGCUUUCAAUUAAUUGCACUGACGCACAGCUUUCGGAGGUACCAAGUAUACCACGUCCGGAACAGGUGGGCCUCAGCGGUGCAACGUUAUAUUUAAACAAUAAUAAACUAUAUGAAUUACCGUUGAAUACAAGUUUUGGUUACACACAAGUUACACGCCUAUAUGCCGCUUAUAAUCAGCUGACCAGAGUACAGCCAACACGCUUGCCGCCCAACUUGACAGUACUAGAUGUGCGCGGUAAUAAACUGGAGCACCUGAGUAACGAUUUUCUGCUAACCUACAUGGAGUCAAAUAAAAGACUGCAGGAAUUGUAUAUCUCAGCAAAUCCUUGGAUUUGCGAUUGUGCCGCCGAGUUACUCUUGCGCGUUGUGAGUACGCAACGCAAGCGCUUACCCGACGCAGACGCAGCGCUUUGCGUCAAUCUGCCAAAUGUUACACUUAGUGAUGUCAACUUUACAGAUAUUUGCGACACCAAUAGCUCACGUGGCAAGUAUUUGCAGUUAGCGCUUGUGCUCACGAUCGCCAUCACCAUGCUGAUUAGCGUCAUUGCCCUUUACUAUAAAUAUAAAAUACAAAUAAAGAUCUGGUUGUAUUCGCAUAACAUACUUCAGUGUUGUAUUGAAGUAGAGUCGCUGGAUAGCGACAAAAUAUUUGACGCUUUCAUUUCAUACGCGCAUCAGCAACAACACUACGUAAAUGACGUAUUGCUGCCGGAGUUGGAGCAAGGUGAUCCACCAUUUCGAAUUUGCACGCACGAACGUAACUGGUUGGCUGGCGCUUAUAUACCCGAGCAAAUUAUUGAAUCUGUCGAGCAGUCGCGACGCACGAUCCUUGUGCUCUCAGAUGAUUUCGUCGCAUCAGAUUGGGCGCGCAUGGAAUUUCGCAUGGCGCAUCAGUGCGCUUUGAAUGAGCGACGUGCGCGCAUAAUUAUCAUAAAAUAUGGUGAGCUGACGGAUGUGUCGAGUUUGGAUAAGGAGCUACAGGCUUACUUGAAAAUGAACACAUACCUGGAGUUUUAUGAUCCGCGUUUUUGGCAGAAGCUGCGCUAUGCAUUGCCGCACAAAAGCGGUGUUGGUAGUAAAUCAAACGAGUUGGAAAAACGCAAGCGUGUUAACUUCAUUGGGGAAGAAAAGAUAAUUCUUCGGGGUUCAUAAUAUAUAUAAACAGUUUAGAAAACAUUUUAGAAUUCUUGUAGAUGUAUAUAGUUAAACAAAUAAAUAAAGUUAUUUGUCAACUAUUUGCCCUUUUGUAUUUCUUAACUUGUCUCAAAUCGCAAAGCAGUUGAUUGUUGAAUCGUCCACUAUUUUUCGGAUACUUGGCUCAAGGAUAAUAUUAUCUAGCCCUGUUCUGUAUCAUAAUCCAAAUGA